AUGCUAGAAGACCCACUGAAAGAUGGUCCCGACAAAUCCAAAUGGUGCUUGGACGAGUUAUUGAAGAUUCUUGAGUGCAGAAAAACAUUCAAACAAACUGUUCUACCGAUAUUCUAUGAGAUAAAACCAUCAGACGUACGAGAUCAAAAAGGAAGCUUUGGAGAAGCAUUCACUAAACUUGGAAAGAAAAUCAAGGAUGACAUAAAGCUGCUAGAGUAUUGGAAGGAAGCUCUAGAAGAAGUAGCCAAAUUGGCCGGGUUGGAAUAUAUAGCGUUCGGGGAUGAUGAGUCGGAAUUUAUCCAAAACAUCAUUGGGUGGAUCAACUCAAGAAUAGUAAACCAAACACCUCUAAGCGUUGCCAAAUAUCCAAUUGGGAUAGAGUCUCGUAAACAAGAUAUUUAUCAGCAUUUAAGUGUUGAAAAAAAUGAUAUUAUACGUAUUGUAGGGAUAUUCGGAUCCGGUGGAAUUGGUAAGACGACUAUUUCAAAAGAUAUGUAUAACCAGAUUUCCUCUCAAUUUGAAGGAAGUUGUUUCUUGAGUAAUAUUAGAGAAAUUUCAGAACAAGCAGGAGGUUUGAUUCGGCUGCAAAAUACCCUUCUUGUUGAUAUUUUAGGAACAAGUUUGGAUGUUCGUGAUACUGACAAAGGAAUGAAUAUGAUUAAGGACAGACUUUGUUCUAAAAGGGUUCUUCUAAUUCUUGAUGAUGUGGAUGAGUUGGUCCAAAUUGAAAAAUUAGUUGGAGAUCGUAGUUGGUUUGGUUUGGGAAGUAGAAUUAUCGUGACAACAAGAGAUCAACAAUUACUAAAAAUCUCCGAAGUUGAUUUAAUGUACGAGUUGAAGCCCUUGGAUGAAAAUGAAGCUCUUCGGCUCUUUAGCUUGCAUGCUUUCAAGGAAGAUGAACCAUCUGAUGAGUAUGUGGACCUCGCUAAACAAGUAAUACAAUAUGCUAAGGGCCUUCCAUUGGCUUUAGCAGUGCUAGGUUCAGAUCUAAAGGGUAAAAGUACAAAUCAAUGGAAGAGUGCAUUGGAUAAGUAUAAAACCAUUCCCCACAAAAAUAUUCAGAAAGUACUUUUAGUGAGUUAUGAAGGAUUAGAUAAUAAUGAGAAGGAAAUGUUCCUUGAUAUUGCCUUUUUCUUUAAGGGAGAACUUUUGGCUAAUAUCAUGAAAAUAUUUCACAGUUGUGGUUUUUUUCCUGAUGAUGGUAUCGACAGGCUUAAAGACAAGUGUCUUAUUUCUAUUGAAUGUGGAUAUGUUUGGAUGCAUGACUUGCUACAAGAUAUGGGUCGAGAAAUUGUUCGUCUGGAAUCACCCAACGAACCUGGCCAACGUAGUAGAUUGUUUUUCCAUGAAGAUGUCCGUCAUGUGUUGGAAGAAAGCAUGGGCACAAACAAAGUUUCAGGCAUGAUAAUAGAAAUGCCUGAAGGCGAGGACGCGAUAAGCUUGAAUCCUGAAGCAUUUGUACAGAUGAAAAGACUUAAAGUACUUAUCAAUCGUAAUGCAAGUUUUUCAAGUGGACCUUAUUAUCUCUCCAACGAGUUAAGAGUACUUGAUUGGUUUGAAUAUCCGCUACAAUCUUUGCCACCCAAUUUCCAUGGAAAUAAACUCAUUAUCUUUAAAAUGUGUGGUGGCUUCAUCAAGGAGUUAAGCUUCAUCAAGUUUAAGAAUUUGACAAGUAUGUAUUUCAGUGAUUGUAAUUUCUUGACAAAAGUUCCAGAUGUUUCGAACAUCCCAAACUUGAAGGAAUUGAUUGCCAGAAAUUGUACAAAUUUAAUUGAGGUGCAUGAUUCCGUCGGAUCCCUGGGGAAUCUUUUUCUUUUGGUUUUUUGGAAAUGCUCUAACCUCAGAAUUCUUCCAAGAAGCCUCAAGUUGAGAUCUUUAGAUGUACUUGAAUUUGAUGGUUGCUCAAGCCUUCGUAGCUUUCCUGAAAUUGGUUGUGAAAUGAAUUCUUUAACUAGUUUAUAUCUAUCGGGCACUGCAGUGGAAGAACUACCAUUAUCAAUUGGCAAUCUUACUAAACUCGAUGAAUUAUAUCUAGAUAAGUGCAAAAACCUUAAGCGUCUCCCAAUUAACAUUAUUCUUCAGUUGCAACAUUUAAGGAGGGUUGGGAUAUUCGUUGGUUGUACAAAUCUAGUAAAGAAGAUGGGGUCUACAACAAUGGAAGAUGAGAUUUCAUCGAAUGAAGAACAACUCCAAGAAUUGGCGCCUCCAACGAAUUCAAGCAAUGGAAGCAGUGCAUUACAAGUGUUGAAUCAUCAGAAUUGUUUCCAAUCAGAAUCAAAUUUCUUUCCAAUAUCAAGUUUCUUUACCAUGUUUAAUUCUUCGGACACUUUGACUAAUUUAAAUCUACGGGGAAGUGAAUUUGUUAGCCUUCCCACGAGCAUCAAAGGAUUUGUUGCACUUAAACGGCUCAACUUGGAGGAUUGCAAGAAACUUGAAGAAAUCUUAGAACUUCCACCAAAUAUAGAAUUAGUAAAUGUUAGCGGAUGCAAGUCAUUAGAAAAAUUUUCAGAAGUGUCGAGGAUAAUGGAAUUCAAUGGAAGCCACAUUAAAUCGCUAGAUAGAAUUGACUUGAGUGGCUGCGACAAAAUGCAUGAGAAGAUUUGGAAUUAUAAAGUGCCAAAUCCAUUACAGUGGAAGGGACAUUAUAAUGGCACUGUGUUACCGGAAAAUGAGAUUCCAGAGUGCUUCUGGCAUCAGAAAGAAUUUUUAGAAAAUGAAAUUGCCAAGAGAGGGGAUGAUGAUGUCCAAUUGAUAAGAAAUGAAGAAUGUGUAAUAAAUAUUGAGGGGCCACACUAUUUGGAGGAUAUAAACGGAAUUAUAAUAUAUCUCGUUACAUUUAUUAAAGAAGAUUUUAGUCAAAUUCGUUUUUUUCCUGUUGUUGAGAUAUGCGGAAUGUAUACAAAAGAAAGAGUACUUUUGUCUAAUCAAGAUGAAGCUUAUGAUGAUCGGUAUAGAAGAAAGAGUAUCAUAGACCAAUAUGAAGUAUGGAUGUGGUACUUUGAUUCAGAAUCAUUUGAGGUUAAGGUUUUGGACAAUUUGAGGGUUGAACUUCGAGCUCAUUUUUCUCCCGAUCCAUCUUGGGAGCAACUUUGGUAUAUAAGUUUCGGAGCCAAUGUUGUAUACAAGCAUGAAAGUAAAAGAGAAAGUAAAAGAAAAGAAAAAUGUAUACAGGCAUGAAAGAAGAGCACAUGACAAAAGAAAAAUGAAGUGAAUUAAAUGAUGGCCAAGUGGAAUUUCAGGUAACGAAUAAAUUUGGAUGCUAUUAUAAAGCAAGGUGUGGUACUCCCGGUGAUAGUGCUUUUUAGCGGAUGCCAUAUUAUAGGAGUUGGGGAGCCAAUAUUGUAUACAAGCACGAAAGCAAAGCACAGAAAAGAUGAAAAAUGGAUUGAAUUAAAUGAUAGGCCAAGUGGCCUGUUGCUACUAUUUCUUUGGAAUUUCAGCAUGAUUUUUCAGUCCAUCCAAAUCAAAGGACAGAGAAGAAACUGAAGAAAGUGAAAAUGGAGUGUUUGAUGAAAUGUCCCAGUUAACUUGAGAGCACCAAGAAUCUUCAUUUGCAUUGUACAAGAAUUUUGGACUAACAGUCGAGGUAAUGAGCAGCGGAUUACCCACCUUUGCAACAGAUUGGGGAGGCCCAGCAGAAAUUAUUGUUGAUGGAAUCUCAGCAUUUCACAUUGACCUCUAUAAUGGUGAUGAAUUGAGCCGUAAGAUUGUUGAUUUCUUUGAAAUGUGCAAGGCGGAUCCUGAAAAUUUGACCAAGAUCUCAAAAGCUAGUCUCUGGCCUAUAAAUAAAUCCUACACAUGGAAGAUUUAUGCAAACAAGCUGCUGAACAUGGAUGAACCAUAUUUGGAUAAUGAUGAUGUAACGAAUAAAGCCAGAGGCCAAUAUAAUAUUGGUGGGGCGCUCUGAUUUAGAAUCAUUUGAGCAGCUGAAGGUUUCGGAUAAUUUGAUGGUUCAACUUCAUAUUCUUCUCUAUAAUGGUGAUCAUUUGUGGGUACCAUUUUAUAUAAGAUGGGGAGCCAAGAUUCUAUACAAGCAUGGAAGCAGAGCAGAUAAAAGAAGAAAAAUGGAUUGAAUUAAAUGAUAGGCCAAGUGGCCUGUUGCUACUAUUUCUUUGAAAUUUCAGGGCCUUCCAUUCACUGCUAUUGGUGUUGGGCUCAGCACAUUUGACAAAGCAUCUGUAACGAAUAAAUGAUUUAGAAUCAUUUGAGCUAAAGGUAUCUGCAACUUCCCGGUGAUGGUGCUCUUUUGCGGAUGCCAUAUUGUAGGAGUUGGGGAGCCAAUAUUACGUACAAGCAUGAAAGCACAGCACAUAAAAGAAGAAAAUUGGAUUGAAUUAAAUGAUAGGCCAAGUGGCCUUUUGCUACUAUUUCUUUGGAAUUUCAGUUGGUUGUUCUUGCGCAUUGCAGCUACACAUGGAAGAGUUGUGCAAACAAAUUGCUGAACAUGGAAGCAGUGCCUGGAUUUUGGAGGCAGAUGAACAAGGAAAAAAAGUUAGCUAAACAAAAACAUAUCGACAUGUUCUACAAUCUCCAGUUUAGGAAUCUGGGGAGUUUUUACAACUAUUUUUAGAGAAAUUGAAAUCAUAAACAUUUUAUAUUGAGUUCUAUUCAUUGUAUCACAGGCAAGGAGUUUGCUCAUCCCAAGUGAAGAACCCCAACAACCAACACCAACUGCAAAGUCUAAAGCCUAAACAACCAGUGGCAACAUCGACAACUGUAUCCUAGUCCAGACCACGACAUAUAAGCUAACUCUUAAGAAAAUUUAAUCUUUUUUAGAAAAAGUUACUGAACAAAAGUUAUUUGACCUCCUUCCAUGGUUGUAAGUUAUGCGGAAGGGGGCAUAGAACCGGUUAGAAGAAAUUAGUUUUCAUGUUUUUUCUACUGCAAAUUUCACUUUUGGAAAUUAAAUUCAAAGGAUCUUUUAUGCAACAAAUGGUCCUUUUAAAUAGUAAGAGUGGAAAUGCAAUAAAUGGAUAAAUGAGUGGUCAUAAUAAAGUGAAAAGGUUGGAAUUGGUGGCGCUUGAUUCUUGGUUCUCUGUCUUUUAAUUUAUUACCUCCCAUAUGAAACUUUCUUUUGUUCAUAUAGCUAAAGUGAUAGUAAGAUGUAGUGAGGAAAUAUGUCACUAAAUAUUGAAAAUGUAUAUUGUCAGGGAAGCAAGUCAUUAGAAGGAUUUCGAGUAGUAUGAAGAAUAUUGGAAUUCAGUGAAAGCCAUAUCAGAUUGCUAAAUUGUAUUAUCUUGAGCGGCUGCAACAAAAUGCAUGAGAAGAUUUGGAGUUAUAAAGUGCCAAAUUCGUUACUGUGGAAGGGACACUAUGAUGCCACUGUUUUACUGGAAAUUCAGAUUCCAUAAUGGUUUUGGUAUGAGAAAGAAUUUUUAGAAAAUGAAAUGGUCAAGAGGGGAGAUGAAGAAGGGGUAAUAAAUAUUGAGAGGCCACACCAUCUGGAGGAUAUAAACGAAAUUAUAGUAUAUGCCCCUAUGUUUUUUAAAGCAGAUCGUGAACUUGGGUUUAUUUGUAUCAUGAUGCCAAGGUAACCAACCAUUGGCAGCUCAACUCGUGUAGGCCAUAUCGAUCAUAAUGAAGUGCUAUAUUUCGUAAAGGAUGAGCUAUAUUUGGAUAAUGAUGAUGUAACGAAUCAAAGUUAAAACCAGUGGUCACUAUAAUGUUUUUAACACUAAAGCUGAUGUAUGCCUGCAACAGAUGUGGCCAACGAAGUGCUCCUGAUCUUGUAGCUGCCACUUCUCCUGCUUCAAUGAACAAUUUUCAAUACAAGAAAAUCGACACGCUUCAGAACCAAGUCUCUUCAACCCAAUGGAACUUGGAGGUCUUGAGAAAGCAACAGAAUCAGUAGUGUGACAAUCUAGAAUAUGCGCUUUCUCUGUAAAAAGUUUUUAUUUUGGGGAGAUUGAGAUUGGAUCAUUGGCACAUAUUUAAUAUCUCAUUUUCUGUCAUUUUCAGUCGUGAUAGAUCAAAACACAGAAAACUUUAGCAUUUUAAAAUUAUAAGUGGGAUCCAUGAGGUCAGAUGCAGUUUGGGAAUUGGGAUGUAAUUUUCUUGGCUUAAUCUCAUCUGAAAUCAAACAUUAUUACACCACAUUGAGAUGCAUAACAUAUAGUAAUGUCUCUGUA